AUGCCGGGAUUCCUCCCCGACGAGCUUAUGGAGCUGCAACUCGCGCAGAUCGACCUGCUCGUGGCUAUGUUUCCGGGGCAAGACCCAACCUGGCUAGAUGAGUCCUCGUCGACAUGGCUCAACGCCUUUCGAGACCUGCACAGCGGCCGCAUUCCCGCUCUGCCACCCGAUGCCCCGUCCGCCGUGUCCCUGCUUCUCACCUGCCCAGUCACCUGCCAAGCGGAUGGCAGGCACCGGAGCCCAGAGACCAUCCAGCUGGACAUUACCGUCCCCUUUACGCACGACGGCGACGCAGACGAACCCCCGCACCCGAGGGUACGUCUGGUCCAACCAGGGUGGAUGAGCAAGGCAGAGGCCGCGGCGCUCGCGGCCGACGUGCCCGAAGACGAGGACGUGUUCGCCACGAUUGAGCACAUCAGAGAAGCUGCGUCGCGCCAGCUGUCAUGGCCGCCACCCCGAGAGAGCCGGGGCCUGGAGCAGCGAGAGGAGGCGCAGACGCUGUCCAGGAUAUGGUACUACUUCCCGUCGAUAAGCACGCGCUCCAAGCGCGACGACAUUGUCAGGUACGCGCCCGCCUACAACCUGACGGGGUUCCUGCUGUCGGGAAAGCCGGGGGUGCUGUGUCUGGAGGGCGCAUCGGACAGCGUGGACGCCUACAUCAAGUUCAUCAAGACGGAGAGUUGGAGCGACAUCCCGGCCAGUCAUAAAAAGGUGAGCGAGCGGUUCAGGGAGCGGGGCGUCACGAGGGCGUUUGGGGACAUGCGGGAGAUUACGGAUGCGUUGGACAAGAGGGGCGAGAGGGCAAAUAGGGCGGAUAUGAAGCUGCUGGAGGCGUGGCUGGUGGAGCGAGGGCUGGGUGAGGCAUUUAUGAAGGUGUUGACCUGA